CCCCUCCCACCCAGACCAUGUGUGAGCUGUGGGGCUCUUAAAAACCUGUUUGUUGGGUACAGCUUUCAACCCAUCCACUCUCUAUUUUCACCUUUUAUCUCUCCUUUUCUCUCUCAACAGACACUUACAAAGAAAGGGUUGGUAUGACAGACUUCAGGAUCGGUGAGUUAAGGGUAGACGGAGCAGACACAGAAGCCAGGAAUCACUCGAGUGAAGAGGAAAAUGAGGAUUGGAUUAAACCUCUUAUUCACCAGUCCCAGGGGGCUAAAGAGUUUGCCUACUGCCCCUACAGUAAGUUCCGGGUGGGGGCAGCCCUGUUGGCACAUGAUGGGACAGUUUUUACAGAGAUUCCAGAAACUCUUACAAAUGCAGAACCUUUCUUAACAGGAUGCAAUGUAGAAAAUGCUAGCUACAACCUUGGCCUCUGUGCAGAGAGGACCGCUAUUGCAAAAGCUGUUUCCGGGGGAUACAGAAGCUUUAAGGCUAUUGCCAUUGCCAGUGACCUGGAAGACCAGUUCAUCUCACCAUGUGGAGGUUGCAGACAGUUCAUGAGAGAGUUUGGUGAUCAUUGGUCUGUCUACCUAUCCAAGCCUGAUGGUUCUUACAAGGAAAUGACUGUAGAAGACCUGCUUCCUGUGUCCUUUGGGCCCGAAGACCUGAAGAAAAAGAGAUUGUUCACCACAGAGAAUGGGUCAUAAUAGUAUUCACAAGUCAAGAGGCAAAACCAGAAUCGUUCAUAACAACAUUACAGGUCCAUGAAAUGUUAAACUGCUGGGCUGGAUAAUGGGCUGAUUUGCCAGCCAUUAGGACUAUACAAUGUAUUAGUUGAAUAAUGUCAUUGGAUAUUCUUUUUAUUCUGUCUGUACCUUUGAAAUUAGGAAAAUUGGUCUCAAUGUGUUUUCUAACAAUUUGUUUGAAAUGCAGUAAAUUACAGCAAACGAUAUUAAGCUACACAGCUCAUAAUCACAUUAGUAUUUGUAUAUGUAUGAUUUGCGAGUGCUUGUUUGAAGUAUGAAGUAUCAAUGUUGAAAAUGCAUUUUGAUGUAUUUCUCAUUAAUAUUACAAUAUUUUAGGCCAUUUGUGUACAGUUUUGAUUGUGUUUAGGCCUAUUUGCGUCAUUUGCUGACACCAACAACAUUGUCAUUGUCUCUUUAAUUCUAAAAACAGGUCAAGUAAAAAAUAAAAAAUAAAACGUCAUGUGACACUAAGAAGCA